AUGAACCACGCAGGCUCCAAGCAGCCUACGGGCGAAAAGCUCGCGGGUGAAGAGAUCGCAAAGCAUAACAGUCGCGAGAGCUGCUGGGUGAUUAUCCACGGCAAGGCGUACGAUGUUACUGAGUUCCUCCCCGAACACCCCGGCGGCCCCAGAAUCAUCCUCAAAUACGCCGGCAAAGACGCCACGGAAGAGUACGAGCCCAUCCACCCGCCAGACACCCUCGACAAGUUCCUCGACAAGAGCAAGCAUUUGGGCGAGGUGAACAUGGAGACGGUGGAGAAGGAGGAGAAGGAGGAGGACCCCGAGGAGGCGGACCGGCAGGAAAGGAUCAGGACGAUGCCGAUUUUGGAGCAGUGUUAUAAUUUGAUGGAUUUUGAGGCGGUCGCGAGGAGGGUUAUGAAGAAGACGGCGUGGGCGUAUUAUAGUAGUGGGGCGGAUGAUGAGAUUACGAUGCGAGAAAACCACAGCGCCUUCCACAAGAUCUGGUUCCGGCCGCGGAUCCUCCAAAACGUCGAGAACAUCGACCUCUCGACGACGAUGCUGGGCACCAAAGUCUCCAUCCCCUUCUACGUGACCGCCACCGCCUUGGGGAAACUCGGCAACCCGGAGGGAGAAAUCGUCCUCACGCGCGGAGCCCGCAAACACAAUGUCAUCCAGAUGAUCCCCACGCUCGCCUCGUGCUCCUUCGACGAAAUCGUCGACGCCCGCGAAGGCAACCAGGUGCAAUGGCUGCAGCUGUACGUCAACAAGAACCGCGACAUCACGAAACGCAUCGUCGAGCACGCCGAGAAGCGCGGCUGCAAAGGCCUCUUCAUCACCGUCGACGCGCCGCAGCUCGGGCGUAGAGAAAAGGACAUGCGCUCGAAAUUCUCCGACGUCGGCUCGAACGUCCAGUCCUCCGGCGGCGACGACGUCGACCGCUCCCAGGGCGCCGCCCGCGCCAUCUCGUCUUUCAUCGAUCCCGCCCUGCAGUGGACCGACAUCCCCUGGUUCCUCUCCAUCACCAAGAUGCCCAUCAUCCUCAAGGGCGUGCAGCGCGUCGAGGACGUCGUGCGCGCCAUCGCCGCGGGCGUGCACGGCGUCGUCCUCUCGAACCACGGCGGGCGGCAGCUCGACUUCGCCCGCAGCGGCGUCGAGGUCCUCGCGGAGGUCAUGCCGGAACUCCGCCGUCUGGGCCUGGAGAACCGCAUCGAAAUCUUCGUCGACGGCGGGAUCCGUCGCGCCACGGAUAUCAUCAAGGCGCUGUGUCUCGGCGCGACGGGCGUCGGGAUCGGGCGUCCGUUCUUGUACGCCAUGAGUGCGUAUGGCCUGCCCGGCGUGGACCGCGCGAUGCAGUUGUUGAAGGAUGAGAUGGAGAUGAAUAUGCGUCUGAUCGGGUGUAGUAGUGUCGAUCAGCUGGGCCCGGAGUUUUUGGAUACGAGGGCGUUGAGUAUGCAUGUCAAUGGGACGCCGAGCGAUACGUUGAGUUUGAAUGUUUAUGAUGCGUUGAGGGGGCCGCAUAGUGCGGCUUGGGCGAAGGCGAAGUUGUAG